AUUUUGUAUACCUAUGAUAAUAGCUAAGUUUUUAUUAUUUAAUGCUCUCGUUGGAAUAUCUCCAAGAAAACUUAAAAACAUUUUUCAUAUUUCAAGACACCUCAAUAACUUUGAAGAUGGCCCAUCGGUAUUUCAAGUUACUGAACCAUUUGAUCAUUCUGAGGGACCUUCCUGGGAUGGCAGAAAAAAUAUCCUUUAUUUCGUCGAUAUUCACUCAGGACGACUGCUGAGCUACGAUUACUAUAGCGACAAAGUGAACGCGAUAACCCUUAACGGGGAUGUUACCCCUGCCGUGCAGGCUAAACAAAAAGAUCUCAUUUAUGUUGGCGUCAAUAGAUCGGUAGUGGCAGUUCGGUGGGACGGUAAAAGCAAUAAAUUGACCAGUCAAAAAAUUCUGACGACUGUAUCCCAGCAAUUUCCAACCAGCAGAUUUAAUGAUGGCAAAGCAGAUUCAAAAGGCAGACUCUGGUGGGGAACAAUGGGAUCUGAAGACUCCGCUGGAAAUCUCACCCCAAAUAAUGGCGUUUUCUACAAAAUAACCUCCAAAAACAUAGCAAGUCCCGAUGUGAUGGUGGCUCCAGUCAACAUAAGCAACGGCUUGGCCUGGAAUAGAGCUGACAACAAAUUUUUUUACAUAGACACGCCCACUAGAAAAAUUGUCUCUUACGAUUUUAAUGCAUCAAAGGGAACAAUAUCCAACAGAAAAGUCGUUUUUGAUUUGAGCGAACACGAAGAACUCGCUGGCAAUCCAGAUGGGAUGACCAUUGAUGAAAACGACAAUUUAUGGAUCGCUCUGUAUGGUGGAGGUUGCGUAAUUCAUGUAGAAACGAGAACAGGAAAAUUGUUAGCGAGAAUCGCUAUUCCAGCAUUAAACGUAACAUCCGUAAUGUUUGGAGGCCCAAAUCUCGAUAUUCUGUUUGUCACUUCAUCUAGAUACACGUUAAGUGCCCAAGAGAGAAAACAACAACCUGCUGCAGGUGCCGUUUUUGCAAUCAAAAAUCUUAAAGUUAAAGGCUUGCCAGUUUAUUUGGCUGACUUAACGAAUAUAAAAAUGAAAGGAAUAAAAUUUACAAUUUUUAGGCACAAUUUCGAUGGACCGGCAAUAUUCCAAAUUGGGGAACCUUUGGAACAUGGCGAAUGUCCCCAUUGGGAUGAAAUCAAACAGUUGUUAUAUUACGUCGAUAUUCACCAAGGCAAAAUUUACAGCUAUGAUUAUAAUAGCAAAGAAAUACAUUCCAUUCAACUAAACGGGCAGGUGGCCCCAGUUACACCAACUAAAAACAAUGGGGAUAUGCUGAUAGUUGGUUUAAACAAAAGUAUAAUUUCAAUUGAAUGGGAUGGUAAAAACGAUCUGAAAAACCAAAAAUUACUCGUAAAUUUACAAAAUGAAAGCGAAGUCAGACUAAACGAAGGAAAAGCCGAUAAAGAAGGUCGCAUUUGGUAUGGUACCAUCGGUCAAAAUUCAGAUAAAUUAUUUGUAUCCAACGAAGGAGCUCUUCACAAAAUAACAAAAGACAAUUUAAAUAGUCCGGAAACCGUUAUUUCCCCGGUAAAUAUAAGCAACGGACUUGCCUGGAAUAAAAAAAACGACAAAUUUUAUUACAUCGACUCGGAAACUUACAAAAUCGUUGAAUACGACUACAACAACGAAAAAGGGAAAAUCAGUAACCCGCGUUGGAUAAUAGACGUAAAAGAGCACGGGUUAAACUUUCAUCCAGACGGUAUGACCAUAGAUACAGACGAUAAUUUGUGGGUGGCUUUGUAUGGAGGAGGAUCUGUCUUAAAAGUAAAUUCUACAAGUGGCGAAAUUUUGGAGAGAAUCGCUAUACCGGCCGAGUGCAUAACAUCAGUUGCUUGGGGGGGACCAAAUUUGGAUGUUUUGUUUGUAACGACUUCCAAAUUCUCCCUCACUGACGAGGAAAAGUCCAAACAGCCAGCCGCUGGUAGCUUGUUUGCUGUCACUAACUUGGGUGCUAAGGGUUAUCCAAUGUAUAGAGCAGAUAUCACAGAAUAAUAGUUUGCGCAUCCGCCAUUUUUGAAAGUAUUGUAUUUUAUUUCAAUUUAGAUUAAAAAUUAAGAUAAAAAAUAUAUAAGGUUCAUUAUUUAAAAUUAUUUAAUUCACAAGUGCUAAAUAUUACAAAUCUA